UGGUUUAUCGCGCAUUUUGUGGGCUGUGUUUCGACUUUGCAGUAAAUUGAACAUCACCCUGAAUUGUUUUGAAUACUCUUAUUGUAAUUUUAUCAACAACCUUUUAUUUAAUGUGAUCUAAAAAGUAAUUAUUUAUAGAAGAAAUUAUUUAUCGAUAUGUAGAUUUUUCCCUUUAUCUUUUCAAAAGCCUCUAUGAUCAAACUAUGGAUAGCUUUAUCACUUGAUUUUUCGCUAUAAUUUUUGUUAUAUCUUUCAUUAUCCCUCUCUGCCGUUAAAUUUGUUGCUGCACUUAUUUGCACUGUGUGAUCUCUUUAUAUUUAAAAUGUAAGUGACAUUGAUUCAGUCUUUGACAAUGCGCCAAUUAGUCAACCAUGAAGACUCGAAUAUUACAACCCGUUUGGAAUAGACCAACCAUCUUUAACCUUGUAUUGGUGUGCUUCUUUCUCUGUACAAUGGUCAUGAUAAGUUUGAAUAUUGGUGGCGAUGAUUCUCUUCUAAGUCACAAUGUUUCCAUGAAGCGGCCUCUCAUUAUUUCACCAAAGUAUAAAGAUUCCUUCAACCUUUCCCAGCUUAAAAUUGAUGACAUGUCCCAGCUUAUUGAUUUGAAAGACUUCAAAUUUACCAUAAACAACCGAAUAUGCCAUGGACAGCCGUUUUCUUUGGAAGACCAUGGCUCAGCUGAUGCCAAUGAAGGUUAUAAUGAUGAUGGUGACGAUAUAUUUUUACUCAUAUUCAUCCACAGUGCUCCUAGAAAUUUUGCAAAACGUAAAACGAUUCGAGAUACUUGGGCAAGCACACGGAAUGUUUCAUGCUCACAGAUACGCCACGUUUUUCUAUUAGGUAUGGUUGAUGAUUAUGAGCUUCAACGAUCAAUUGACUCGGAGAACAAAGCUACUGGUGAUAUUGUUCAAGGAAAUUUUUUAGACACUUAUCGUAAUUUAACUUAUAAACAUGUGAUGGGUCUUAAAUGGAUAACAUAUUAUUGUCGAAAUGCAAAAUUUAUUCUCAAAACAGAUGAUGAUAUUUUUGUUGACGUGAUUCAAUUAGUAUCUCACUUGAAAGGAUUAACUGCUAACUCAGUGAUGCCAAGAAGACUUCUCAACUGUUUUGUCAUUCGUAACCCUUAUCCAGCCAGAAGUGAUAAAAGCAAAUGGAAAGUAACUUAUGAGGAAUAUCCAGGAAAAUAUUAUCCAACUUACUGUUUUGGAUGGAGUGUGAUAUUAUCUCCUGAUGUUGUCUUCGACCUUUAUCUACAGUCAAGAUCAACUCCGUACUUUUGGGUUGAUGAUGUUUAUGUUACCGGUUUAUUGGCCCAAAAAGCAAAUAUCGAUCAAACUGACAUAGGACCUAAACUAGCUAUUUCUGACCAGGAAAUCGAAAGAUGGCUUGAAAACAAAGAAACUCUGACAUUGCCUCCUUUAUUUGUUCGACCGGCAGCUAUUAAAGAUCUCAGUACAAUUUAUGAUCUUUGGAACAAAACAAUCAAGUAUUAUCAAUUCAUUAGAUAACCCUUUCUUGAAACCAUCAUACCGAUCAAUGGUGAAGUAAUACUCUUCUAAAAAUCUGAUGGAAUCAACUAAGACAAUGAAUGUCUCAAUCAAAGAAAUAAUAUUCUAAUCAUGUAUAAUGUUAAAUCAAUUUGCCCUUUUGGAAGUCUAUUCAACCAAGCAACUACAAUUCAUGGAAAAUUCAACUCACCAAUGUUCAUCCUUUUCUAUCAAUUUCUGAUGGAUUAUUUUUUAUACACGAAAAUCAUAGAUAAAUGUAAAGACUAUUUUUUGAUAAGCCUGAGUAUAGCUAUAGGACUUCAUCACUUGAAUUAUUAGAGUAUUGUUAAAUUGUGACUCUUCGCAUUUAUCUUCACUCCUUUACACUUUGGUGUUUCUCCCAAUCACAAUAUGAUUGCCAUAUUUGGCAUAAUAUUUACACUUUUUUUCUACCUUUUUAUUUUCGUCUUUCAAACCUAAAAAAUCUCAGUUUUUCAAUUGUAUCUCUUGACAUGACUUGUGUGACACUUAGGCCAAUAUUGAACUCAAAUGGGUUGGUGAAAAGAUGAUCAAUAAUCAGAAUAAUCAAGCAAUUAGAAAUGUUCAUAUCAAAUCUUGAUCUCAAUUGAAUGAUAUUAAUUCUUAUUCAAGAUUCAUCGUUUAAAAUUGUUUCAAAACCCUUUUCUACCCUCUUCUGGUAAAACUUGUUUAAUACUUGUACAAAAAUUGAUUGUUAUUAAAUGUUUUCAUUGUAAUAACAUAAAAUGUAAAGAAAGUUACCAACAGUUCUACCAAUGUAAUAAUUUAAUUUAAAAAUUUCUCUUCCCAUUGAGCAAUUGUUCACUGUCAAGUCCAUGUAGAUUACAAUUGUUCAAUACUAUCGUUCACCAAUCAAUAUAAAUUUUCAAGAACCAAA